AUGUUUGCAGUCACGACACUAGUUCUUUUCAUCAUUAAUCGACAAUGUCGUACUAUCACCAAUCUAUUAUUAUGCAAUACCGUCACUGCUGCCAUUCUUUACUACGUCCCAUUUCUGUUUUCAGUAGCUUACAGUCUCAGCGAAGGCUGGUCUUCGUAUCAACCAGCAUGUAUCCUGCGUGGUUAUAUAUUUACUGUUGCUUGCACUGCGCUGUGCUACUCAUACUUGAUUCAGACAAUUAGUCGAUUAUUUUUUUGUGUAUUUUUUAAAUGUAAAAAAUUACAAACCUGGUUCGUGCAUUGGAUCAUGAUUCUUAUUAAUUGGAUUCUGGCUUUUGUCAUACCACUGGUUCCUAUAAUCUAUGAUGGGUAUAUCUUUGAAGACGAAUCUCGUCUUUGCAUUCCAACAACGAAAAAUAUCCCGUCAGCACUAUACGUGAUGUGUCUUGCGUAUAUUUUGCCAACAUGUGCACUAGCGGUGAUUUAUGGUAUUAUUCUUCGUCAUAUACGUCAAUCUUCGCGUCGAAUUGUGAGUUUUGUAGCGGAAACAUCAAAGGCAAUUGUGACGACGAAUCAAACGUUGCCGAAUUACAAGCGUGAAAUCGAAAUUCUGAAGAAAGUUUUUGUUUUAUUGAAUAUUUUAAUAUUUGCUGGAUCAUUUUAUGUCAUAUCCACGUUCUGGAAUUGGAUUCAACCACAAGCUGCACCAAAAUUUCUGUGUUCAGUUGCUAUUGAAAUGAUAACAAUUUUCAUUGCAGUGAUGCUAGUUACUCUGUUUUUCAUGAGUAAAGAUCUGAGAAUUGCUUUAUAUAAAUUACGUUCAGAACACUUUUAA